GUUGGUUAAGAGGCUACAGCUGCUAGCUUUUUGUGCUGUCUAGUUGGCUAAGAGGCUACAGCUGCGCUAGCUAGCCAUCUUAUAGAAGCUAUGUAACGUUAGGUGAGCUAAUUUCGCUAGCUUUAGCCAGGUCCCGCUGCGGCACGUGCGCUGCACAAGUUACACUUUAUUUUAUAAAUUUAGCAAACGCUUUUAUCCAAAGUAGUGGUUGCACGGUUUGGCUGUAAUUCUCACCUGUUUAACAUUAACACUUGAUUCCCACUAACAGGAGCAGAAGCGCAGAAAGAACGCACAGUACCUUGAAACACGUCGUGUAUUUCCUGUUGUACGGGUGUCUCAGUGGGACAAACAGUAUUAUGCUAAUUCGGAUUUUGUUCAAUUGCGAUUAAAGUUAAUGAAACUCCGUGGAAGAGUUGACGUCAUGUUGGUUUAGUUAUUAUACUGAUGUUAUGCCGGAUGUGAAUAGGUAUUACUAUUGUUGUGUUAGAUGUCUUAAGUCUUUGUGUAAUGUUUCUGACUCCCAAUGCCGUUGACGAGAUUCACCUCGUAAUUAGAGUUUUGAGAGAUUCCUUUCAGUGCAACGCUGCUGCAAGACUAGGCUAUAUGGCAAUAUGUAAUGCAUACAUGCGAUGCGCUUUCACUUUCAUUUAAAUCUGAUUUGUAUUGUUAGGGUUACACAAAUACUUUGCAUCUGUAUAAUCCGUUUUAAUCCAAAAGGGGUUAGGGGGCGGCAGGAUCCACAGCGUCAUCCACGGAGAUAAAAGUGGUGCUGUUGCGCGCUUUCAAUUCGGUUGAGUUUUGCCAUAGGAGAGCAUUACCGAGAACGCAGAACAUUACCGGGAUGACCAUCAACACCGUGGUGCGCGGAGGCGCGCAGCGAGAACAGAUGGCUUGUCUCAGAAAGAUGGAGAAGGUGAUUGUUGCCAUGCAGGACCCAGAUAUGGGAGUGAAGAUGAGAAACCAGAGACUGCUCAUUACUGUCAUCCCUCACGCUAUGACAGGCAGUGACAUCAUAGAGUGGCUGUUGCAGAAGUAUACUGUGAGUGAGGAAGAGGCACUGCACCUGGGAGGACUCCUGGUGCAUUAUGGGUAUAUUUACCCCCUGAAGGAGCCCAGAGCUCUGAUGCUCCGCCCAGAUGAGUCCCCCUAUCGCUUCCAGACUCCAUAUUUCUGGACUAGUACAAGGUGGCCACCAUCAGAGCUGGACUAUGCCAUCUUUCUAGCUAAGAAGAACAUCAGGAAGCAGGGAGAGCUGAUGGACUAUGAGAAGGAGAGCUACAGUGUGCUGCACAAGAGGAUCAACCACACCUGGGACUUUGUAGUGAUGCAAGCCAGGGAGCAGCUCAGGGCGUCCAAACAGAGGAAGAAGGCAGACCGCAUAGUUCUGGAAUGUCAGGAGCAGGCGUACUGGCUCAUCAACCGACCUCCGCUAGGAGCCAGUGAUGUGUUGGAACUUGGUCCAGAGAGACUCAACCACCUUGGGUCGCGAGUCACAUUGAACGCUGACUACUACAAGAGAGAGAUUGAACAAAGUAGAAGAGCUCUUGGACGAAACCGUGUAAAGUCAUCUAUUUGCCUUGAGAGCUUUGUGAAGUACAGUGAACAGUACCAGAACCAUGACCCCAUCAUGCAGGGCUGUCUCCCUAGCAACCCCUGGAUCUCUGACGACACCUCCCACUGGAACAUGAACACUGAGGCGGUGGCAGUCCCCACCAAGCUCAGGGUGGAGAGGUGGAGUUUUAGCUUCAUGGAGCUCCUGAAUGAUCCUCUAGGAGCCAGAGAGUUCAUGACCUACCUGGAGAAGGAGUUCAGUGCGGAGAACUUGUGUUUCUGGCAGGCCUGUGAAGAUCUGAGACAUGGAGAAAGUUCCAAGAUCCUCCAGAAGGUUCAAGAAGUUUACAAGCAGUUCCUGGCUCCUGGAGCAUCUCGUUGGGUGAACAUUGACAGUAAAACAAUGGAGAAGACACUGCUGGGUCUGCAGCAGCCACAUCGCUUCAUCAUGGACGACGCACAGAUGCACAUAUACUUCCUGAUGAAGAAGGACUCCUUUCCCAGGUAUCUGAAGUCUGAUCUGUAUAAGAACAUGUUGGAAAAAGCAAUCGUCCCCCAGGAGACGAAGAAAAGUGUUUUUCCCUUCAUGAGGCGUCAGCGUCACUCUAGCCCCUCCCCUGCCAUGGUCUCCCAGGCAACGGAUGAUGAUGGGCGAGGCAAAGGGGCGGGGCCUGCAGGAACCAACUCAACAACCAUGUCCCAGGUCUGAUCGCCGUAGCAACUAGAUGUGAUCACCACCAUUGCUUUGUUACCAUAGAAACAUAUCCACUGCAUGUCUCUGGUUUGCAGGCCCCUCGUCCUUAGAAUUUGUGUAAGCCCCAUCCCCUUUUCUAGAGUAAAUCCUCCUGCUUUACUGUGCAGAAUAGAACCUAUCGUGUAUAUGUGCCUAGAACAGGUGUUAGUACGGGUGCAGGCGGGGAGCGUGAGUUGUUGACAGUCAAGUCCUGUUGUUGUUGUUGUUGUUGUGGUCUGAUGAUGCAUGUUCAUUUCAAUAAAAGCCAUGCUUACAUUCUGCAUCUGCAUGCUCCAAUCACUGUCUUCCAGUAUACACACACAACCAGAUAAGUACAUACACACACACACACACACACACACACACACACGCCAACAGAUAAGCAGACACACACAGCCAGAUGUUACUCCAGCCUGGAGAUUAUCCUUAAUCCAACUGCUUCCUUUGCUCAGCCUUCUCUGUGGUUAAACAGCCAAUCAGAGCUGUGCUGCCAUGAGGAUACAGCUAAGCCAAUCAGAGUGCCAGUAUACACAGAGCAUGCUCCCUUUACAGAAUAAAAGAAACUCAAGAUGUGUAUCUUGAUUUUUAACAAAAACUUCUUCCAGUGCAUUGCUCUUCAGAAUCACAAAAUGAAUACAAACACAAACAAUAUAUUAAAAUCGAAUAUAAUUAAUUGUAUCUUCCAUCUUCCUGUAAUGUCUACACACACUAGAAUGUCUACACACACUAGAAUGUCUACGCACACUAGAAUGUUGACCCACAAAGGAGAGAAGGAACAAAGAAAGCACAUGCAUAAAACAUUUACAAUCAUGUGCAAAUAAACAUGUACAUUUAUCCUUUUGCACAGGUGCGAAAGGGAUGGAAACAGAGGGAAAGAGGAGACAUAGAGAAAAGAGAUAUUAAAAUACAGAGAGCGAGAGAGAGAGAUUCAGACAUGGAGAGAGAUUCAGACUGAGAGACAGUGGAAAAUGAGUCACCAAUAACUAAUCAGAAAUAUAUUUACAUUCAUUACCAGUCCUUAUUUAAACACAUGAUAAUAAGCCCCAUACACACACUUUAUUUCUGUCAUUAUGGAAAGUGCUUUAAAAAUGUUGCUUUGUAGAGUAUGUAGAGGAUGAGGGUGUGGAGGAUGAGGGUGGAGGAGAUGAGGGUGUGGAGGGUGUGGAGGAUGAGGGUGGAGGGGAUGAGGGUGUAGAGGAUGAGGAUGGAGGGGAUGAGGGUGGAGGGGAUGAGGGUGUAGAGGAUGAGGGUGGAGGGGAUGAAGGUGUAGAGGAUGAGGGUGGAGGGGAUGAGGGUGUAGAGGAUGAGGGUGGAGGGGAUGAGGGUGGAGGGGAUGAGGGUGUAGAGGAUGAGGGUGGAGGGGAUGAGGGUGGAGGGUACAAGGAUGGAGGGUACAGAGACAGGAGGAAGACAUGAUUGGUCAGAAGAAAGAGCACCAGUGAUUAACAAUGAUGUUGUGUGUGAAGUGUGUGAGGUGUUUAGUGUUUGUGUUCUAAGUGACAGUGUACAGCUCGUCCUUGGUGCCCUGGCAGAGUGUGUAUCCACAGACACGCGGCCACCAGGACCCCCAGGGGUGUGUGUGUGUGUGUCGAGGCGGCAGCAGGAACACCACACUGACGGCCACCAGCAUGUGCCACAGGGAGUGUAUGUACAGGUAGUUGUCCUCCGUCUCAGCGAACACGUAGAGACACACCCCCACCAGCGCACUGCCCAGACCAGGCAGCAGGAAACACACCCAGCGACGCCACAAGGGGGGGUAACACUGUCGCCUGCUCACCCCCCGGUACACCUGCACACACCAUACACAAACAUACAUAGACACACUAUAAAGACAUGAGAACAUGGUCCUUGUGUGUCCUGAAGACAAAAGCUGUGUUUGAUGUGUGGGGUGUGUACGGUGAGUGCAUGCGGUGAGUGCGUGCGUAGUGCGUGAGUUGAGUGCGUGCGGUGAGUGCGUGCGUGCGGUGAGUGCGUGCGGUGAGUGUGUGCGGUGAGUGCGUGUGUACUGACCCAGGUGGACAGCAUGGCCAGAGCAGCACACAGCACGGGUCCCAGCAUGUUCCACAGACCUCUCCUGUCCAGCUGCAGCGACAUGGCUAUCAGCAUCGCACCUAACAUGAACAGAGUCUAACACAGACAUGGCUAUCAGCAUCACACCUAACAUGAACACAGUCUAACACAGACAUGGCUAUCAGCAUCACACCUAACAUGAACACAGUCUAACACAGACAUAGCUAUCAGCAUCACACCUAACAUGAACACAGUCUAACACAGACAUGGCUAUCAGCAUCACACCUAACAUGAACACAGUCUAACACAGACAUGGCUAUCAGCAUCACACCUAACAUGAACACAGUCUAACAUAGACAUGGAUAUCAGCAUCACACCUAACAUGAACACAGUCUAACACAGACAUGGAUAUCAGCAUCACACCUAACAUGAA